AUGUCAUCGUUUAUCAUCAAAAGAUCUCGAAGUAGAUCUCUACUUCUCUGGCAAACCCAUGGAAUCAGAAUCAGAAGUAUACUUUUCUCUUCCUAUAACUCUCUCUCGAAUCCAUCAGAUUCCACUGAUUCAGUUUCGGCUUCUGGGUUCUCUUCAUUUUCAACAAGAAGCUUCAAAACCACAGCUUUUGGAUUCAAAUUCUCUCAUCUGAAUCAGAAAUUCGGGGACUUGGCUUAUUCUGGCGGGAGCAAUUUGGUUUCCACGACUCGAUCACUGAGCUCGGAGGCUGUAGCUGUGGCAGCAACUUGCGACGGCCUUACGGUGGAACGAAUCAUAGCUAAUCAGUGGCCGAUCUUAGAUGAGAACGAGAGUGAUUGGAAGAGCCACGCUGCAGCUAUUUCACAGUCUAUUCAAGUCAUCAAGAGACGAUUGCAGUGGAAGAAACUAUUGGUGAGGCUUAAAGUGUUAUCUGCAGAGCUGAAUAAGCCUGAUCUUUGGAAUGAUCCAACUCAUGCUGGUAAGAUAAGCCGGGAGCACGGUUCGCUUGCGGGCAAAAUGAAAGGAGUUAUGACUUUUGAGAGAGAAUUGCUUGAACACAUUGACAUGCUAAAGCUCGCGAAAGAAGAGAACGAUUCAGAGCUAGAAUCGGAAACUUUGAAGGCAUUGAUGGAGAUGAGAAGGGUUUCGAAAGAGAAAGAACUCGAGGCUUUACUAUCUGCAGAGAAUGACUCUUGUUCUUGUUAUAUCGAGGUUCAAGCUGGAGCUGGAGGAACAGAGAGCAACGAUUGGGCUUCGAUGGUAAUGGAAAUGUACAAAACUUGGGCUCAAAGACGCAAAUUCUCUGUUACUGUUGUUGAUGAAAUGCCUGGAGAGAUGGCAGGAAUAAAGCGAGCGACGAUCAAAGUGAAUGGUGAAUACGCGUAUGGAUACGCCAAAGCAGAGGUUGGAGUUCAUAGGCUGGUGCGUAUAUCUCCAUUUGACAGCGGAAAACGGAGGCACACUUCGUUUGCUGCGGUUGCGGUGAUACCAAUUCUUGGUGAUGGCUCGACCCGAGUGCAGAUCAACGACUCUGAUCUUCGGAUAGAGCGGUUUCGCUCUGGAGGAGCUGGUGGACAGCAUGCUAACACAACUGAUAGUGCUGUGAGGAUCAUCCAUGUACCAACUGGCAUAACCGCAACUUGUCAAAACGAAAGGUCGCAGCAUAUGAACAAGGCUUCAGCAAUGGCGGUGCUACAAUCUCGGUUAGACCAACUGGAGAUGGCUCGUCAGACGGCGAUGAACGCGCAACAUACACAGUCAUUAACUGAGAUCAGUUGGGGAAACCAGAUAAGAACUUAUGUUCUUCAUCCAUACAGAAUGGUGAAGGAUCUGAGAACAAACUAUGAAGUCUCUGAUCCUGACUCUGUUCUUGAAGGAGACUUGGAUGGUUUCAUCUUGAGCUUCUUAUCUUCUUCUCUGGACAAAGGUGAUGAAGAACGUUAA